AUCUAAUCUACCUGAAUGGGGGGGAUCAGUCAAUCCAGCGUGUGCAAAGUCCCGAGGUGGAGUUGGCGCUACACCUGUGAUGUCCAGAAACUGCCGACAGGGCGGAGAAGGGCAAGCAGGAGGGAUGCAGAACACCUCAGGACACUUCCGGUAGCAGAGUCUACCUCUCACUCUCCCGCCAUCUCUCCAGGCUUCUUGUCCAGACCCAGGAACUUGAGCUGUUACAGGAUUUCCGGGGCAGAGUAUGAAUGCUCCUGGCAGUAUGACGGCGCUGAGGACAAUGUCACUCACUUCCUGAGGUGCUGCUUUGGCGGUGGGCGCUGCUGUUACUUUCCUGCAGGCAAGUCCCGGACUGUGCAGUUCUCAGAGCAGGCUGGCGUCCCUGUGCUUUCUAACGUCACGUUUUGGGUGGAGUCUCGACUCAACAACUGGACCAUGAAGUCUCUGGAGAUAUCACUGUACCUGUCCCACUGGAUCAAGUUCAACCAUCCCCUGGGAAACGUCAAAGUGUCGCGUUCAGAUGGGCAGUUACGCCUGGAUUGGAAUGUUUCUGAUGAAGUCCCGGCUGAGGUGCAGUUCAGGCGCCGGACCCCCACAACAAAUUGGACUUUGGGUGGCUGUGGACCCCAGAAUGACUCUGGCUUAGAGUCCUGUCUUUGCCCUUCGGAGAACGCAGCCCAGGAGUUCCAGAUCCGGCGGCGUAGGUGGCAGCUCUCCUCAGGGGCCCCUGGGGGUCCCUGGAGUAAUUGGAGCAACUCUGUGUGUGUUCCUCCAGAACCCUUACCCCAGCCUGAGGUCAAGUUCCUGGUGGAGCCACUGACCCAACAUGGAAGACGGCGUCUGAUCAUGCAAAAACAGUCGCCACAGCCUGCUGUCCCUGAGGGCUGCCUGAGAGUCAAGCGCGGUGCCCACGGUGCCCACGUGAUGUAUUUGGUGGAUGUGAACAUGCUGUCCUGUCUGUGCCAGCAUCAGCCCUCAAAGACUGUGUCCCUGGGCAAGACGCUGAGCCUUUCUGGGGCUGCCUACGAGCUGGCUGUGGUCACCAAGACUCGCUUCGGCCGCAUCUCCAACCAGAAGUGGCGCAUUCCUGCCCAAGACCUUGCAGAGACGAGAACCCUGAAUGUCAGUGUGGACGGCAACAUAACAUCCAUGCACUGGGUAGCCCAGGCUCCAGACACCACCUACUGCGUGGAGCGGCAGGCACAGGGCCAGGACAGGAACCACACCCACUGUACCCUGAUUGCACCACCAGAAGAUGGGGAUCCUGCCAGGGUGGUGACCCACAGCUGGAGCUCAGAGCCUGCGCUGGGCCAGGGGCGAUGUUACCGCCUCACUGUCUUCGGCUCCAAGAAUCCAGAGAACCCAGUGUUGUGGUCCACGAUCCUGUCCAGUUACUUCUUUGCGGGUAACGCCUCGGCAGCUGGGACCCCGCGCCACCUGUCGGUGAAGAACCAUAGCGGGGACUCGGUGUUCGUGGAGUGGGCGCCGUCGCGGCUGAGUGCCUGUCCGGGGGUCCUGAUGCGAUACGUCGUGCGCUGCGAGGCUGAGGACGGCGAGUGGGCGUCAGCAGAGUGGCUCGUGCCACCCACGAAGACCGAAGUGACACUCCAGGGACUGCGCAGUGGCGUGGUGUACAAAGUCCAGGUGCGAGCCGACACUGCGCAGCUCCGAGGUGCCUGGAGCCGCCCCCAGCACUUCAGCUUCGAGGUGCAGAUUUCCCGUUUAUCCAUCAUUUUCGUGUCCCUGGGGAGCUUUGUUAGCGUACUCCUUCUCGGCGGCCUCGGAUACAUUGGCUUGAACAGGGUGGCCUGGCACUUGUGCCCACCGCUGCCCACACCCUGUGCCAGCACGGCUGUGGAGUUCCCUGAAGGCCAGGGCAAGCAGGACCCUCCAGAAUAGCUCCUCCCAUGCUCCACCUUGGCUUUGUAUGGCAGGGACUCUGCCCCCAUCCAGGAGUCCUGGAGAUUCUGCCCUAUCAUCUUAGUCACUGCGGCAAAUGGGGCUUCGAUCACCGCUGCUGAGUCCCAGUCUAAUUGGCCCGGUGGGGUCGGUGGGGUCGUCAAAAGCCAAUCCAUGGCUCUGCCUGACUGUGAUCAAGGGGAGCCUGGAAGAGCUCAGGGCUGACUGGGAGGGGGCGGACCCCACAGGGCUUUGUGUGCCUGGCUUGGGGUCCCUUCUUGCCCACCCUGACUGUGAGGAGCCCUUGACAGUUUCCCUGCAGGGGGAUUGCUCUCUUUAGGUCCUUCUCCUACCCGGGCUGUCUUUCUGUCCCCCGCUGGCCGCGGCUGGCCCCACCCCCAGGCUAGUCAGCGCUUCCUCCUCAGCUUUUUCCGGACUUUCCUAAAUGCCACAAACAACGGGAGGGAUCAGGGCUGGGGCGCAGAGGGCAGAGCGCUCUGGCAAAGCAUCCAGGAACACAUACACCACGCACACUGGUUGUGACAGACAUAGGCAGGGGGAUCAGGCGUUCAAGGCCAGCCUGGGCUACCCAAGAGUGUCUCAUAUGCAAACAAAAAUAAAAGCAAACGGGGUCUGGAGGACAAGUAGCCAGAGCAGCUGGCGAAGCACGCGCAAAGGUCCUGGGGUUGGGGCCCACUCUGCUUCCUCAGGAAGAUCCGGAGCUGGAAGGGGACCCUGGAGGCUGCGCUGGCGGGAGGUGGGUACAGGGUGUUCUGUAAUCGGAGCCCAGCAGGACAACAGCCCCUUCUCCGGCACCCCAGGGCCCCAUGCUCCGGACAGAAUGUGCCCGGGGAGACACAACGAGACGGCGAGGGCGGCCGGGACCGUGGGUAGAUUCCUGAACAGCCGCCUGGUCGGGACAGCUGCCAGCUUCAGAACAAGUGUCUGUGCCUUUGCGCACCUGUCACGCUGGGGCCCAGAGAGAGAAAGGGGUGUCUGGAGCUUGACACUGAGCCCUGAUCAGUCAGAUUCAUGGGGGUCUCGGAAGCAGGUGCAGGGAGGUGACCCCAGAGUCCUGCGCCCUGACUGUGAGGCCUUGAGCCACUGCUGAUUCAGCAGAGGAGGAGGGGCCUGAGUAGCACAGCCCCGCUCCUCAGUCCGGGGACCUCGGAGCCAGCUCCAUCCUCCCGUUACCCGGAAAACCCUUCUGAAAGAAUCAGGUUCCUCAGCUGCUGGCUCAACUGUCCCUGUCAGCUGUCGGGGGCUCGAGGAACUGUUGUCCCGUGUCUGCUCCCGGGACAAACUAUGUGGUUCAGGAGCGCAGCUAGAAGCGGAAUCCUAACCUCACGUGAUGGGGACCCCUCCUCAGCUGCACACUUGGGUUUAGGGGUCUUCCUAACCACGCCCUAGACACCCCGAAUCUCCGCGACUG